AUGAAGCUCACUUUGAAGAGCCUCUUUGGGCUCGACCUGGCGAGCUGGGUCGCCCUUGUCUCCCUGUAUAAUAUACUGUCUGCAACGAUUGAGCUCUGUACGGAAGUACGUCGUGCGUGUUACGUUACGGGGACAGACACAUUGUCUACGUUCAACCUCGCCUCUUCCGUCUUCACGGUUUUCGCCGGCACUUUGGGGAUUCUUUCAACGAUAUUCUACUCCUCUAUCUUUGUAAUAUUCGUGAUAAUCGCAGUCUCGAUCACGACGCUCAUGGAUGUGGCGGAAAUUAUCACAAAUGCCACGUCAGUUCACCCUAGCACGUUGCAGUUCGUGAGCACCUCAUUGCAUCUGACAGUGACGGUUAUUGCGCUCAUUAUUCUAUUCUCCUACUAUAGAAUCCUUAGAGCAGGAGGCACCGGAAGAGAGUACCGUACUUUCCGAACCUCCAGGCGAUCCGUGCGUGUUCCCCCUUCUCCUUCGGCGCGUGUGGGAGGCGAUUCAUCGGACGAACAAAAGCUGCUGCAGGAAGCAGGGUCAACAUACGGUUCCACUCUCGGGCAGGGAAUCGGUCUGGGCCCUUAG